AUGUCAUCAGCCCAAGCUCAUCUUCUGUCAUCAGACCAAGCCCAAGCUCAUCUUCUGUCAUCAGACCAAGCCAAAGCUCAUCUUCUGCUGUCAGACCAAGCCCAAGCUCAUCUUCUGCCGGCAGAGCAAGCCCAAGCCCAUCUUCUGUCAUCAGACCAAGCCAAAGCUCAUCUUCUGCUGUCAGACCAAGCCCAAGCUCAUCUUCUGCCGGCAGAGCAAGCCCAAGCCCAUCUUCUGUCAUCAGACCAAGCCAAAGCUCAUCUUCUGCUAGCAAGUUCAAGCCCAUCUUCUGUCGUCAGACCAAGCCCAUCUACUAGCACCUCUUCAACAGAUACAGAGGGUUCGGGAUGCGGUGCAUGGAACAGAAGUGCAACAUUACUUCUCCUAGAAGAUUAUAGGAUAAUCUCGAAGAAAGUUGAAGCUGGUCAAAAAACAAAGAAAUCCAUGUGGAAUGAAAUCUCAGCAAAUCUUAAGAAAAGGGGUUACAGCUAUACACCAGACCAAGUUAGUGGAAGAUUUAAGACUUUGGUAAGGGGUUAUAAAAACUUCAAAGAUCAUCAGAAGAAAAGUGGGAAUGGAACAAAAGCUUUUGAAUAUAAAGAAGAAAUGGAAGAAUUAUUGGGGCAAGAUCCUGCAGUUGUACCAGUAAUAACACUGUCGAGCACAGCACAGAAUGAUACAGAUAUUGAUGAUAGUCUAGACUCCAGUAGAGACGGAGAUGAAACUGAAGAUACCACUAGUGCAGCAAGUAAUGCAACAGUCUCUGAAUCUUCCAAGAGAAAGAAGCCAAAUACAAAUGAUCCUGUCGAUGCAAACAAGAAAAGAAGAUGUUCCUCGAGAGCUGAUGUUAUCCAGUCUUUAAAUGAUUGUAUGAAAAAUCAAGAGUCAGAAAAUGAAAAGAAAGAAGCUCGACAUAGAGAAAAACUUGAUGUCUUGAAAGAGUUGGUGGGAGCUUUAAGCAAGAAAUGA